UUGUCUCCCCAAAUAGCAACUCCCCCCCUUAAGAUACCCGGACUGCAAUUUUCGUAGCUAGUGGCUGUGACCUGGGUCUGAAAAUGUUAAGAUCAGAGUCCGAUGCAUUUGGCGACAUUGGCGUGCCCGCGGACAAAUAUUGGGGGGCUCAAACAGAGCGCUCGUUACGCAAUUUCAAGGUCAACCAGCCUCAUGAUCGUAUGCCCAAAGAGGUCAUUCAGGCACUCGGAAUCUUGAAAGGAGCCAUCGCCAGCGUCAAUAUGAGAUUUGGGCUCGAUGAGAGCCUGGGAGUGGCCAUCAAGCAGGCUGCAGCCGAGGUCGCCUCACUCAAACUCAUCGACCACUUUCCUCUAGUGGUGUGGCAAACCGGCUCCGGUACACAGACGAAUAUGAACGCGAAUGAGGUGAUAUCAAAUCGCGCGAUUGAACUACUCGGUGGAAGCAUGGGGAAGAAAAGCCCAGUGCAUCCCAAUGAUCAUGUCAACCGCUCCGCCUCCUCGAACGACACUUUUUCAACGGCGAUGCACAUCGCAGCAGUGUUGGCUCUAAAGGAAGAGCUUGUACCAGCCUUGCAAGAGUUACAAGAAGCAUUACAGAGGAAGAGAGAGCAAUUCCAGAAUACCAUCAAAAUUGGCCGGACUCAUCUCCAAGACGCUGUCCCUUUGACGCUAGGCCAGGAGUUUUCUGGCUAUGAGACCCAGAUCGCGUACGGAAUUGAAAGAAUACAAUCGGCACUCCCGCGCCUACGGUAUAUAGCUCAAGGUGGCACGGCCGUAGGUACAGGACUGAACACAUUCGAUGGCUUCGCAGAGCAAGUAGCAGCGGAAGUCAGCCAGAUGACCGGGCACGAGUUCUACACAGCGCCGAACAAAUUUGAAGCACUUGCAGCUCAUGAUGCGAUUGUGGAGGCGCACGGGCAGAUCAACACUGUGGCUGCCUCCUUGUUCAAGAUUGCACAGGACAUCCGAUUCCUAGGUUCAGGCCCACGAUGUGGACUCGGUGAAUUGAAGAUCCCAGAAAACGAGCCAGGAUCCUCCAUUAUGCCCGGUAAAGUGAACCCGACGCAAUGCGAGAGUUUGACCAUGGUUUGCGCACAAGUAUUCGGGAACCACACUGCCGUGACCUUUGCAGGCUCUCAAGGGAAUUUUGAAUUGAAUGUGUUCAAGCCAGUCCUCAUUCGCAAUCUUCUCCACUCCAUCAGAAUACUCGCCGACGGAGUGACCAGCUUUCGCGAACACCUUGUGGAUGGGCUAGAAGCGAAUGAGGCGGUAAUCGCCACAUUCCUUGAUCGCAGCUUGAUGUUGGUCACCACAUUGAGUCCUGUUAUUGGCUAUGACCAGGCGUCAAGAACAGCCAAGAAUGCUCACAAGAAGGGCAUCACCUUGAAACAAAGUGCGUUGGAAUUGGACGUUCUCGGUGAACAGCAAUUCGAUGAGCAUGUACGACCAGAGCUCAUGCUCUCGCCCAGGCGAAAACCAUAAUUGCCGUAGCUUACCAAUAUCUCU